AUGGCCACCAUGACAGAGCUGAGUCCCACGGUGGAGAAGAGUAAAUUCUCCCAAAACACACAAGUGGAUGAGAAUCUCGUUCCCAAGAAAGUUCCAAGCUUCUGCUCCACCCGCUAUGGUCUAGCCCUCAUCACACAUCUCUGCAACUUUAUGGUGAUGACCCAGUAUGUUGCCAUUAACAUCACCAUGGUAGCCAUGGUCAAUGGCACAAACCAUCAGUCCCGGUUCAAUGGCUCCACCGAGAUGCUUCCCAUUGACUCAUUUAGUGGCUCAAAUGAUGUGCCCAAGAGUCUCUCAGCAGAGGCUCCUGUGUAUGACUGGAGUCCUCAAAUCCAGGGCAUCCUUUUUGGUUCUGUCAACUAUGGCAUGAUGCUGACGGUGGCUCCUAGUGGGUACCUGGCUGGAAGAAUAGGAACAAAGCGAGUGGUUGGUGUUUCUUUGGUUGGAUCCUCCCUUCUCACUAUCUUCACCCCUCUGGCAGCUGACCUUGGACUAGCCUUCUUCAUUGCAACUCGAAUAGUCCAGGGCCUAAUGCAGGGAUCGAUAUUUGGGGGCCAGUUUGCGCUUUGGGAGAAAUGGGGUCCUCCACAUGAACGAAGCCGACUCUGCACCAUCACUAUAGCAGGAAUGCCGUUGGGAGCCUUCGCCAUCAUCCUCCUGGGUGGCAUCAUCAGCCAAAGCCUUGGGUGGCCUUUUGUCUUCUAUGUCUUUGGAGGCAUUGGCUGCAUCUACUGCCUUCUCUGGUUUGCUCUGGUGUAUGACAACCCCAUCUUUCACCCGUGGAUAAACGUCACAGAAAAAGAAUAUAUCGUAGCCUCCCUGGCUCACCAGGUCAUCCCUCAGAAGCAGCCCCUUCCCAUCAAGGCCAUGCUCAGGUCUCUGCCUCUAUGGUCCAUCGGUGUGUGCAAUUUCAGCCAUCAGUGGCUAGUCACCAUACUGAUUGUGUACAUGCCGACUUACAUCAGCUCUGUGUUCAACAUUAACAUCAGAGACAAUGGGUUCCUGUCUGCCCUCCCUUUUAUCAUUGCCUGGGUCACUAGCAUCCUCACUGGCCAACUGGCAGAUUUCCUCCUGACCAAGAAUUUCCGGCUCGUGACCGUGAGGAAAAUUGCCACAUUUCUUGGAAAUUUCCCCUCUUCAGCUCUCCUUCUGGUUCUGCCUUACCUCACCCCCAGCUACGUCACCACGAUGACCCUCCUCAUGAUCACGUGUGGGCUGAGCCCCAUCAGUCAGUCAGGGAUCUAUGUCAACCCCUUAGAUAUUGCUCCAAGACAUUCCAGUCUCCUCAUGGGAGUCUCAAGGGAAUUAGGAUGCGCAGCGGCCAUCGCGGCACCCACCGUCAGCGGGCUUCUCCUCAGCCAGGACCCUGUAUUUGGAUGGAGAAACGUCUUCUUGUUGCUGUUUGCCAUUAACCUAUCAGGACUGAUAUUCUACCUGGUAUUUGGAGAUGCCUCCAUCCAAGACUGGGCUAAAGAGAGGAAGCUCACUCGCUUAUGAAAGUAAAGGAUAGUAGUUUCAUCUACGGAAUUAGCCAGAGGGGCACUAUUUCAAAUUUUAAUUCGAUGUCACUUUUCUUCCUUAGUUAUCCCACCUCGGUAGUGAUGGAAAGUCACUGGGCACCUCACUUCACAAAAGAGAAGCCUUUGGUGAUGAGCAUAGCAGCAGAAAGAAUCUUGUUUGCUGAGAUCAGUUCUUUAUGUCCCUAAGAUUUCCUUCUGAGGAACAUAGUCGAUGAAUGAAAAUUUAA